AUGGCCGGCCUCAACACACUCUUUCGACAGUUUCCUUCCUCUGCAUUCGUUGUUAUCUUCCUUUCUUCUUUCUCAGUAUUUUCAGCUGCUUUUCCAACCGGUAGCCGAGAUGGCCCAUCCAAAGCCGAAUUGGCAACCACAACAUGCCGUAACGAAGCUUACCACCCUUUCGACUAUUCCGUCAAACCAGCACAGGAUCGAAACCUUCCUCUUUGCCCUACCAGUAUCGAACAGGCAGCGAUUCAGACUCGUGAUCUGCUCUUGGGACGCCAGGUGACUCAAGAACAGGACUACAGUUGCAACGAGUUCAGACCUUGCGGCAACGGCGCUUGCUGUGCCAAGACCGGGUGGUGCAACUACGGUCCGGAGGCCUGUGGUACAAACGGCCAAUCUCCCAAUGACAAAUGCUGGAGCAACUGCAACGCAAAGGCAGAGUGUGGUCGAUACGCCGAAACGGAAGGCAAGGAGUGUCCUCUGAACGUUUGCUGCUCGCCAUUCGGCUUUUGUGGCAUGACCGAAGACUUCUGCAAAAAGACCGAUGAUGAAGAAACCAGCUGUCAAAGCAAUUGCGACCAGCCAGGCUCAGGAUCAUCCAACGGAAAUGUCCGUCAGAGAGUUGUUGGUUACUACGAGGCAUGGGUACACUCGCGAGCAUGCAAUGGCAUGUCGAUCGACCAAAUGCCCGUGGGGGCGUUGACUCAUCUUAUGUUUUCCUUCGCCUACGUCUCGCCCAACGGCUUCCAGAUCGUUCCAAUGGACGACCUCGAGCCGAAUCUCUUCUCCAAGAUGACCGCCAUGAAGAAGCAGAACCGAGCCCUCAAGGUCAUGGUAGCGCUUGGAGGGUGGACCUUUAAUGAUCCUGGUGCAACCCAGCUGGUCUUCCACGAUGUUGCAAGCAGUAAAGCAAACCGAUCCAAGUUCAUCGGCAAUCUCAUGAGCUUUAUGCGCCAGUAUGGUUUCGAUGGUGUUGAUUUCGACUGGGAAUACCCAGGAGCUGAUGACCGUGGCGGCGCCGAAGAAGAUGGUAAGAACUUUACACUCCUACUCAAGGAACUUAAGGAGGCCAUCAAGAACCAGCCCCUUGACUAUGUUGUAUCAUUUACUACGCCGACUAGCUUCUGGUACCUGCGACACUUCGAUCUUAAGGCGAGCACCGACGCUGUCGACUUUGUGAAUAUCAUGAGUUACGAUCUUCACGGCGUUUGGGAUGCCUGGAACCCCAUCGGUUCCAACGUUCUCGCCCACUCAAAUCUCACCGAGAUCAAGCUCGCACUUGACCUGUACUGGCGCAAUGACAUCCCUCCCGAGAAGCUCAACCUUGGCAUUGGUUUCUACGGUCGCUCUUUCGAGCUGACGGACCCGGCUUGCAACAAGCCUGGAUGCCAGUUCCGCGGGGGUGCAGCUCCUGGUCCGUGCACUGCAAAUUCUGGAACGUUAGCGUACCGUGAGAUUGAGGACAUCAUCAAGAAACACAACCUCAAGCCGUACUACGACAAGGAACACCAGAUCAAGUACAUUGUUUGGAACCAGAACCAAUGGGUCAGCUACGAUGACCCUGAAACCAUCGAGGCCAAGAUCGAUUUUGCGAACGAGCAGGGUCUUGGUGGCCUGCUGAUCUGGUCGAUUGACCAAGACACGGAUAACCUAGACGCCCUUGGUGCUGUCGUCGGCCCGACCACCAAGGCGUUGGCUUUGCGACAAACCCUUUCUGAAGAUGGAGCGGCCACAUGGGAGCAGCUAGGAGCCCAAAAUUGCUACGUCACUGGUUGUGGAGGCAAGUGCGACAAAGCUGGCUUCAAGGCCGUCACGACUCAACCGUGUGGGGAUGCUACGUUCUUCACCCGACACUCCUCUGAAGAAGACAGCACGCUUUGCUGUCCCGUCGAUUCUGCACCGGAUCCGAAGGACUGUAAAUGGAGAAGCCAAGGCGACGCACCAACCUGCAAUGGCCGUUGCGAAUUUGGCGAGGUCGGCCUCCAAAUGAAUAAAUGGGGCGACGGCAAGUACUGUGAAGACGGCAACAAGAUGUACUGCUGCAAAACCAAGGCCGAGAACAGCGACGGCGACAAGUGCAGGUUCCACGACAAUGGGAAAAAGUGCCCAAGCGGACAAAAGGCACUCACCUUCUCUGGCGCGUUCGGGAACGGCAACAUUGGCGAAAAGUCUCCGGAUGUCGAUCUCAAACAUCUCCAGAGUCUUACCGGUACGGCGCUCGAAGAUGCCUUAGACGAAUACACGUGGAAGAAGAUCAGUCUCUGGUGCUGCGACGAUGAAGAGUUCAAGAAGUGGAAGAACUGCGAAUGGAAGGGCAAGCCCGGAAGCUGCUUCGACGCUCACUGCGACCUCAACACGGAGGUUAUGCUCACCUGGGCCGGAGCUGGUGGUGGCGAGAUGUGCUUCCCGCAUCCCGAUCCUCAUCGCGCGCGUAUUUUCUGCUGCGAUCCGCCUAGUGGCUCCAAUCUCUUCCUCCCGGCGGCCCUGAAGGACCUAUUUCCAGAUCCCCCAACCGGUAACGAUGUCAAGACCAAGGGCAACACAAAGACAGACGACACCUGGGGCGGCUCGCAAACCGGCGGCAGCAACGACGAUCCGAACAAGUCUGCGAUCCAAUUCUACGUCAUGGCCAGUCCUACAGAGAUCCAAGUCACCCUCGACAAGCGCGACGGCUCCCACUGGGAGCUCUUCAACUGCAACGAUGCUCACUCUCUUGGCGCUCAAACUGUUCAGAUGGUGUGUAUGAACGAUUCUGAGGACAGCAAUUGCAAAGAGCUUUUCCUCGGAAAUGGUGCACCAGGGACGAUUAUCGAGAUGCCGCAAGAUCAGGGCUGCGGACCGGGCAAGUACGCCGUCGUUGAGAGCCUGGAGGUUUCCCAUAACCAGACGUUGCCGGGACACCUCAGUCGCCGAACGGCAAGCCCGCCCGUAAUCUACGACCUCAAGUUUGGCUACAACUUCAAGCUUGUUCCCAGACAGUACGGUGACACACAGCUCCGUAUCGAUUACUCAAAUCAGGAAGGCUACUGGGACCACAUUGUCACCCGUCCGGUAUCGAAGAAGCGCAAGAGAUCCCUCGAAGAAUUCGGUGGCAACCACAAGAGAUGGCUCGAAGAGGAAUGGCGCGACGAUAACCACUUUGGCGGUCUGUCAAAGAAGGACCUGCAUAAGCGAUGGUUCGGUGAUGACGUCCUCGAGUGGUUGGAGAGUCUCGUCGAAGUCGAGAUCGUCAAGACGGAGAAGCGCCACCUCUACGAGGAAGACCUUUCAGCAAUCUUGUUGCGAGAUGAGUGGGACUGCGGUGAGUUCAAGGGCAAGAUCGACGCCGUUGCGACCGCCGGCAUCAAGAUGGCGACUUCUUUCGGGUUUGCCCUCAUCACGACGCUCAACUCUGAGACUGGCCUGGAUCUCAGCAAGUCUUAUUUGCAUUUCGCUAAUAAGGGAAGCGUGAAUGCUGUCUUCACUCUCGACGCCAGAAUGUCACUGCACUGGGACUCCGAAGCGUUCAACAUUGCUCCCAUCUAUUUCCAGGGCGCCAGUUUCGUUAUUCCUGGAUUCGGUUCUCUUGGUCCUCGCCUCGAUCUUCGAGGAGAGAUUAAGGCCGACAUCACGGUCGAGGGCCGUGUCGAAGCCAGAGUCAACAUUGUUGACUGGGACAUCCAGCAGACCUACCCCCAACACACUGAGAAGUUUGAUCCGAAGGAGCUUUCAGAGGCCAAGCGGGGCAUCGACAGGAGAGACCUUGCCGAACCCACCUUUGAUGCCGAGAUGAAAGGCAAUGGAGAUGUCGAAUUUCAUUUAAUGCCCACCAUGGUCUUCGGUCUUGAGUUCGACGAUGUCUGGAGCAUCGCUACCACCGAUGUCGAGCUCGUGGCUGACACCUGGGUCCGCAUGAGGGUCGAUUCCGACCUCGACUGCGGCUUCGGCUACGGUGUGGAUGCCGGCAUGUCUCUUAUCGCCCAGGCAAAAAUUCCCGAGAUAUUCAAGUGGACUCCUCAGACGCACACAUUCAAGCAGAUUGAGAAAAACCUUAUUCCCGGAAAUGGCAAGGAAUGGCAGUGUGCAUCAGGCGCAACUGAGCGACGCCUGAUAGACUCUGGCUUCAACUCGACCGAGAUCACCGACAUCGAGCCAUUUUCUUUCUCAUCCCCCAACCUGCAAAAGCGAAUCAUACCCUACGAAUCAGACUUGAAGCCCAACAGCAAGGAGAAGACAUGCCCUCCCAAGGGCGGCGCCGAAGAGCAAAAGGCUUGCAAUGAGAUUACGGCCGUUGAUGGCUUCUACGAGGGCGAGGACGACGGUUCUUGGGGCGCCGUCACCAAGCGCUCCGUCGCCGCCGACGAUGACUUCAACGGCAACUCGAGCACGAACCCCGCGUACCAGUCGGGCCUCUUUGACCGCGACUUGGAGAAGCGUGCCGGCAAAACUCUUGCCGUUUGCACAGGCACUGCAGUCUAUAACGUCAACUGGCUGGAUUGGUCCUCGUUAGACCGUGGGAACAUGUUCAUUUACGACAGCGACGACUGGUCCGAUUGUUCGAACAUGGCCAGCAGUAUCCAGAAAAGGGGUGAGCAGAUUCUCAAAAACAAGAAGGGCGACAAUGAGCAAUACGUCAUCGAGCACGUGUUGGAAGCCCAGACCUUUUCACGCUGGCUGAGUAUCGAAGGCGCAGAUGGACGUGGGGUGAGGGACCUCUGCCGAGCAAUGAAAGCAGGUGGAUGGAUGAACUAUACCCCGGAUCCUCUCGAUGCCAACGGAGCCAAGGUCAACCCGAUCACUUGGGUUGUCCAGCAGGCCUAUCCAUCGGCCACGUACUUCCCUCAGGAAUUCAUCUCCGUCAUUGAGCCGGUCAACUGGCAGAAGCAAAAGUCCUUUGGCUCCGGCGCGAGGCUCCAGGAAGAGGCCAGCUUGGAGAAGGAGGCCCAGUGGAAGGAGGGCACAUCCCUAGACCAAGCACUCCGGACGCUAAAGAUCACCGUAGUCACCUUCAAGUAUCUCAUUGAACCCGAGCUCUCAACGCUGUACCGCGAUCAGGCCAAUCGCGUGGGUGUAGCCCUGAGCGUCAUGGAGGAUCACUUGGUUAGCCAGGGUACCUGGACGAAGCGUAAUCUCCAGCAGAGUUGGCUCAGCUUUGUCAAGACCAGCGCCGAGGUUGCAGGAGGCAAGCUGGUCAAGUUGCUGGACACUUACAUCCCGACGGCGGAGAAGGUCCUCCAGGGUACCGACGCAUCUAAGGAUGACGAUGACAGGAAGAAGAGGAGAGCCACUAUCCAAGCGCUAAGGAAGGUCUACGAUGAUGAGAUCAAGGGUAAAUGGGUGAACCCAAUGCCGUAGACAGCUUCAAGAAUAGCUAGAUUUAUGGAACCAACACGAUGUUUGUGUACUGUACAGUCGUCCAGAAGUCUACC